AUGUUUAGACAAACAAUUCAAAAGAGGGGUCUGAUAUUUGUACCGACCAGCGCAAUGCUAGACUCUACAAGGAGUGAAGAGUGGUGGACGAUGAAGGAUGCGUGUCUCAGUGCCACUAUUCCGUUUAUCCCGGCCCACUGGAUCCCACCGGAGUUCAAGACAUCCUAUCAUUUGACCACCAUUGGCGGGAGGGAACUGCGUGUCUUCAAGUACCACUGGUGUGAAGGAGUUAGGUUUAGCGAUGAUUUCGAGUUCUCCACAAAGUCUAAUUGGAAUACGGAGUGUCGGUAUUUGAUGUACCGGAUGUCUGUCGCGGUACUCUCGACCGAAAUCAACUUCAAAUGUCUCAAGCAAGGCACACUCGGACUCGUCUACGGCGGAUAUUUACCGAAUCCUACAGGAUCUACCCGCCCAAGGUGGCCACAAUUAGGCGAUCGUAUAGAAGUAAUGGUGUUUCUCGACCCACCCCAGGUACCCUACCGAGCAGGUUCUCACAUAGCACGGCGCACGACCAGAGUAGAGUUGAUUUCUUUGGCAUCUUACGAGAAUUGGAGAGGGCGUAAAGGUGAUUCUCAUUUCUUUCCAAAAUCAGAUCCUAGUCAUGUGGCCUCGUUUGGGCAGACAUGCUGUACUUCUCAUAUCUGCGGAUUUGCAGCGCAGUCGGGAAGAGUUCUCGAGGAUUUUGUAGGGCCUAAGGCCAUUAGACGACCGCUGUCCUCAUUCGAUCUGGACGAGAAGGCUUUGGUAAGAGAGCACCUGCACCAGAAGGAUUUUGGGGUCCGGGGGAGGAAGGAUCUUAAGCCACACACCCGGAACCACUUGGACAUAGUUAGCCUCGCAUUACAGGGGCUUCGAACCCAAUUGCAGAUAAUUUAUUCGAGAGGUUGUGAAUGGGGAUGGGCACUUAACACGCCGCAGUGGCAAAUAUCAUUGGAAGCUUUGUUGCAGGUCUUGAAUGAAGGAGGAGACUUGAACUUUAGGCAAAUUGGGGGAGAUGGACGCCAUUUCACAGGCUCAAAUUCGCAAAACUCACCUUUAGGAGUGACCAAGUUGGAAUUCAAGAAAAGAAUUGGCGAAUACAAAAACUCAGGCACCUACGCAUCCCACCCAACUCCUAGUGAGCCACCUCAGUUAUGGCUAAUAAUGAGUGACAACAGCAUCAGUUUCAUCUUGUUCGAAACACAAACAUCCAACAACCAACUACCAAGCACGUGA